AUGGCCAUUCAGAGCAAGACCAACUACUCCAGCCGGACGAUCCCCAAGAUCUCCCUGCAUGACUUUGACAGCCGGAUCGAUGAGAUCACCACGGAGCUCAUCACCGCCGCCGAGACGGACGGCUUCUUUGCCCUCGUCAACCACGGAAUCUCAGUAGACGAGGUUGAAGACCAGUUCCUCGCCGCGGAGCGCUUCUUCUCGCUCCCUGACGAGGUCAAGGCCACCGUGCCCUUCAGCCACCUCAACGCCGGGUGGGAGAAGAACGCGCAGAUCCGGCCCUCCACCGGCAAGGCGGACCAGAAGGAGAGCUACCAGAUGCAGUUCGGCUCCAACAUGGACGGGCUGUGGCUGCCCGAGGACGUCAUCCCCGGCUUCCGCGAGCAGAGCCUGGCCUUCAUGCGCAAGGUGCAGGGCGUCUCGGAGCGUCUGAUGGUGUGCUUCGCGCGCGGCCUCGGCUUCCCCGACGACUACUUCAUCAAGGCGCACAACGUCACUCGGCCCAACACGCAGACCGUCCUGCGCGCCCUACACUACUUCCCCGUAGACCCCUCCGUGCCAACGCCCGAGGGCUACUACCGCGCCGGAGCGCACGUUGACUGGGACUUCCUCACACUCCUAUUCCAGCGCGCGGGCCAGAGCGGCCUCGAGAUCUGCCCCGGCCGGGAAGUCUUCACCGAAUAUGGCAUCGGUGACACCUGGACUAAGGUCGAGCCCACAGCCGGUGAGAUCGUCUGCAACAUUGGCGAUCUGCUCAUGUCGUGGAGCGAUGACCGCUUCAAGUCGACCUUCCACCGCGUCAAGACGCCCACUGACCCGGCAGUCGACUACUUCGGUCCCCGCUACAGCCUGGCGUUCUUCAACCAGCCCAACACUGAUUGCGAGAUCCAAGGCCCCCAGAAGAAGUACCCUAUGGUGACGGGCAGCCAGUUCACCGAGGCCGCCAUGAAGCGCAACUAUGAUACCCUGCAGAAGACCAAGGCCAUGGACGCCCCCACCGCGACGCCGAUGGUCGCAGCCGCAUCGUAA